GCGGCUGCGGCGGCCGGGCGCGCUGGCGGUGGGGGCGUGAGCAGCACUGCCCUCCCCCCCUUCCCUCCCCCCCUUUUUUUUUCCGACCCUUCCCCCCUCCCCUUUUUUUUUUUUUUUUUUCUUCUCUGUUCUCUUCCCCUCCCAUCCUCGCCGAGGGAGCCGGCGCUCGGAGAUGGGGAUCGGGUGCUGAGCCGCCGCCCCCGCCUUCACACCCCCGCCGGGCCUGUUUGCACUACCCCCGCAGCCCUGGGAACAAGAGCACUCAAGGUGAAGGAUAAUAAUCAACUUGAAUCAGCAUUUUCAAUGAAAUUUUGUUUCCCUGUGGCAUCUUGAACACUUUCUUCUUCGGGUUUUGAAACAGACUUAUAACUCUGUGGCACAGCAGCUAUGCAGCUUGAAAUCCAAGUAGCACUCAAUUUUAUUAUUUCAUAUUUGUACAAUAAGCUUCCCAGACGACGUGUCAACAUUUUUGGUGAAGAGCUUGAAAGACUUCUGAAAAAGAAGUAUGAAGGGCACUGGUAUCCAGAAAAGCCAUACAAAGGAUCAGGGUUUAGAUGUAUUCAUAUAGGGGAGAAAGUGGACCCAGUCAUAGAGCAAGCAUCCAAAGAGAGUGGUUUGGACAUUGAUGAUGUUCGCGGCAACUUGCCUCAGGAUCUUAGUGUUUGGAUUGACCCGUUUGAGGUUUCAUACCAAAUCGGUGAAAAGGGACCAGUGAAAGUGCUUUAUGUGGAUGAUAAUGAAAAUGGAUGUGAGUUGGAUAAGGAAAUCAAGAACAGCUUUAACCCUGAGGCCCAGGUGUUCAUGCCUAUUAGUGACCCAGCAUCUUCAGUGUCCAGCUCUCCUUCUCCUCCCUUUGGUCACUCAGCUGCUGUGAGCCCGACCUUCAUGCCCCGCUCUACUCAGCCUUUAACCUUCACCACUGCCACAUUUGCUGCCACCAAGUUUGGCUCAACCAAAAUGAAGAACAGCGGCCGUGGCAACAAGGUCGCCCGCACCUCUCCCACAAACCUGGGCUUGAAUGUCAAUGACCUGCUGAAGCAGAAAUCCCUCUCCUCCUCCAUGCACUCUCUCUAUGGGCUCGGCCUAGGCAGUCAGCAACAGCAACAGCAGAAGACUUCUGCUCUCUCUCCUAAUGCAAAGGAGUUCAUUUUCCCCAACGUGCAGGGUCAAGGUAGUACCAGUAGCAUCUUUCCUGGUGACAGCCCCCUUAACCUCAGUCCUCUCCAGUACAGUAAUGCCUUUGAUAUGUUUGCAGCCUAUGGAGGUCUAAAUGAGAAGUCUUUUGUGGAUGGCUUGAAUUUUAGUUUAAACAACAUGCAGUAUUCUAACCAGCAAUUCCAGCCAGUUAUGGCUAACUGAAAAGAAACUGAAAGCGAAAUCCAAGUAAAUACUAUUGUACAAGUUGAAGUGCACGUACCCAAGGGUGUAUCUUUUUUCCCACCUCUUGAGAUUUUUUUUAAGGCUUGUAGUAUGAAUACAUUCAGGCUUGGUUAGAUAAAUACAACAUGCAUCAUUUUUUCAUUUGCCAACCAAGCACAAAAUUAUUUUAUACUGACUGUACAUUACAAAAAUAUACUCUCAAAAAUAUGGCCUCUUACAGUAUUUAAGAUAUAGCAAGGAAGUGGCUAAUUUUUUCAUGUGUAUAUAUAUGUGUGCUCAGACAUAUAUGUAUAUGUAUUAAAAAAUUGGCACUAAUAGGUGGGUUUAUUGGUCUUUUUCUAAUUGUAUAAUUUAAUUUAGUACAAAGUUUGUAAAAUAUCAGAGUAUAUAUAUUGUUUCUACAACAUGGUAUUGCAUUUAUAUCUUUUUACUACAGUGAUCUGUGACAGCUGCAGCAGCUUCAUGUUGUAUUUUUUUUACUGAAAUUGUAAGAUAUCCAUCUUAAAGACAUCAAUUCUAAAAAAAGUAAAAAAGUUGUGUACAGAAUAUUCCUUAGUGGUGGAAUUAAAAUAAUAUUUGCUUUUUUCAAAAGAAACACAAAUUGUAUUUUCUGUUAAAAGUUUAAAGAUUUUUGCUAUAUAUUAUGGAAGAAAAUGUAAUCGUAAAUAUUAAUUUUGUACCUACAUUGUGCAAUACUUGAAAAAAGGUAUAAAAGUAUUUUGAGUCAGUGUCUUACAUGUUAAGAGGGACUGAAAUAGUUUAUAUUAAGUUUGUAUUAAAAUUCUUUAAAAUUA